GAAGGAGGAUCUGGCUGAGACCACAGCGCUCACUUGUUGAGGAUCUUUAGCCAGCGCUGCUUGCGUGCUUUUCAUUUUAUUCUUUCUCCCCUUGCCCCAGAGCCAUGGCGUACCUGCUGUUGCUCUCAUGCCUCUUGCCAACAGUGGCAUCUGCUCAGUGUAGCCAUCAAGAAUUUGAAUGUCAAUAUCUUUGCCUUGAAAUGAAUGGAAAAGUAUUUGUCACUCAGCGGCAAUCAUUCUUCAAAUAAAAGGUCACUGGAAGGACUGAGCGCAUUCAGGAGCCUGGAGGAACUCAUCUUGGACAACAAUCUGCUGGGGGAUGACCUGGUGUUGCCAGGGUUACCCCAGCUCCACACCUUAACCCUCAACAAGAACCAAAUCACUGACUUGGAGCGUCUGCUCGAUCACCUGGCAGAAGUGACGCCAGCUCUGGAGUACCUCAGCCUGCUGGGUAAUGUUGCAUGUCCCAAUGAGCUGGUCAGCUUGGAAAAGGAUGAGGAAGACUACAAGCGAUACAGAUGCUUUGUUCUGCACAAGCUGCCUAACUUGAAGUUUCUGGAUGCCCAGAAAGUAACCAGACAAGAAAGAGAAGAGGCAUUGGUCAGAGGGGCCUUCAUGAAGGUGGUGAAGCCUAAGGCUUCCAGUGGGGACUUUGCUGCCUCUGCCUCUCCUGAGAUGCACCACUACACACCUCUGCCUUCUGCUUCCAGAGAACUCACCAGUCACAGAGGAGUCCUGGGGAAGUGUCGCUAUGUUUACUACGGGAAAAACUCAGAGGGCAACAGGUUUAUCCGAGAUGACCAGCUCUGAAGCCAAGUUCUGUAUGCCUUAGCCUAUUUCAUGAAAAUAAAAAGGGAAAGCAAAAAUAAAGAAAGAGCUAAAGAGAAAACAAUGGCCCACGUUGCAUCUCUGCGGGAAGGCUGUGGCUUCAGCUCUUGGUACCUUGUGCUGACUUUGCCAGGCCUGUCAAGAUCAUCCUUCUGCCUUAGACUGAGUGGUCACAGAGAGAUUGACAUGAUUGCCCUUAAGCAGGUCUCAUCCACCAGGGUGACAGACAGCAGCGGCGAAGCACCAGGGUUGACAGCAUGAACACCAUGAUAGAUUGCCUGGUCCCUCCACUGCUCACAGGGGAGCAGAGGUCACACCUGGGGCCUCCCUGAGCAUGCUCAGUGACUGCCAUCUAGUGAGAGAGACUGUCUUCAGCUUGCCUACUGAGUCAAGACCUCUCUGACAUCAUUGUGCUGUGGGUUUAUUUUUAGUGGGAUUGUCACAGUUAGGGGGAGGAUGCUCUCCCUUUUCCCCCUUAAAUCUUAGCCUUUAUAUUCUGCAUAGGUACAGGUCCCUCCUCCCUCACUGCCCCCCAACCUUCAGCAUCAUGCAUUUCCAUUUGCAGGUUUUCAGAGGGAUAACUUCUCAGCCAGGUCAUACACUGACAGCCGGACUCUGGUAGUUACAAUCCCUCCAUCAAAUAGCUUUUCCUAAACCUCGGACUACAAAAACAUGGCCUUUAUCUUACUUCAUUCAUUUUCAAAUCUUCUCUCCCGAAUAGGUUGUAGGGUGAGGCAUCCUUCCCAACACCCUUGGUUGCACCAGUCCCUGGACUCUUUUUAACCACGCCCUUCUUCACUGUGCCUACCCUCAUUGUGCGAGGACUGGCUUGCUCCUUUGAGUGCCAUUUAAAAGUAUUGAGUUGAUGAAGGCAUGUGAUGGGUCAGGGGGUUGAAAAUCAAAAUGAAGACUGUAGAAAAUACCCACCAGACCCGACGGCUUUUAUAGACAGUGUAGACCUUCUGAAUGUCAUGUUUUUCUCUGGACCUCUCAGAAUUUAGAUGCAUAGCUUUUGAGAUGUUGCUACGUCUUUGUGCAUCCUUGGCUGUGUUCUAGCAUUAAUGUCACAAAGAAAAUACCCAUGAUCAUGCUACUCAGGUGACUAGCCUUUCUUUGAACUUCCUGGUUCACAAGUCAAAUCACCCUUGAAAAUGUGUGAAAGGCUGGUUUAGCAUUUAUUUUUUUGCUUCUUGCAUUUAGACAAGAUGUCUACGGUCCUAGGACAGCAAAGUCUGGAGGAGAACCAAAGUUAUAGAUACCAAGUGAGUUACUAGAGAGUUGCUAUUGUGAAAGGCUUUGGGGACUCAGAAUCCCCAAGCUGCCCCAGAAGAACCUCCUUUCUCGACUCGACUCCGUUUACAUAGCCUCUGGCCUACUGAGUCAACACAGCCCUGGAAUGACAUGUAUUGAGGCUGGCAGGAGUCCCGCUUGUAGAUUACACAACCUCCAUUAAUCAGCUGUUCAGACCAGUUAACAUUAAAAUCCUUGAGACCAUUAAUAAUUAGAGAUUAUUGAAUGUUUGCCUUCAUCUCUCCAAUCCAUUAAUAACCAGAGCUGAGUACCUUCUCUCUGUUUGAUCUACAAAACAGCUUUGGGAUAAUGCUUUAAAUUAGCUGCAUUAGGUCCCACCCUGGUUCUUUGUUUAGAAGCAUCAGCACGGGCUUCAUCCAUGGCAUAUUAUGGGCAACAGAGCUCUGUGCAAGGGCAGCUAGACUAGUCUGAUGUCAUAUCCAAUCUAGCGGCACAUAUAUCCUUGUCUUUAUAAAAGGCUUUAACCCUGCCUCAAACAAUAAAAAAGCACUUGUGAACUGA